UCAAGAUGGCGCCGGGGCAAGAUCAAGCGAUGGAGAUUGAUGCUGGUCAACGGACCGAAGGAAUAAAGCAGUACUAUGUCAGUAAAAUAGAAGAGCUACAGCUUGUAGUCACAGACAAAACACAGAAUUUACGGCGCCUUGAAGCUCAGCGAAAUGAACUCAACGCCAAGGUCCGCAUGUUGCGGGAAGAGCUCCAGCUCCUCCAAGAGCAAGGGUCAUACGUCGGCGAAGUUGUCAAACCGAUGGAUAAGAAGAAAGUCCUCGUAAAAGUCCAUCCUGAGGGAAAAUUUGUAGUGGAUCUAGACAAAAAUAUCGACAUCAAUGACGUCACUCCAAACUGCCGAGUUGCUCUUAGAAAUGAUAGCUACACACUUCAUAAGAUUUUGCCUAAUAAGGUUGAUCCCUUGGUCAGUUUGAUGAUGGUGGAAAAAGUGCCAGACUCGACUUACGAAAUGGUUGGAGGUCUAGACAAACAGAUCAAAGAAAUCAAGGAAGUUAUAGAACUCCCAGUCAAACAUCCUGAGCUGUUUGAAGCUCUUGGCAUUGCGCAACCCAAGGGUGUGUUGCUGUAUGGCCCACCAGGAACAGGCAAGACGCUACUUGCCCGAGCCGUGGCCCAUCACACCGAGUGCACCUUCAUCAGGGUCUCCGGAUCUGAGCUCGUACAAAAAUUCAUCGGAGAGGGAUCCAGGAUGGUGAGAGAGCUGUUCGUCAUGGCCAGGGAACAUGCACCCUCUAUUAUAUUCAUGGAUGAAAUCGACUCUAUAGGAUCCACUCGGUUAGAGUCAGGCUCUGGAGGCGACAGUGAAGUCCAGAGGACCAUGUUGGAGUUACUGAACCAAUUGGAUGGUUUUGAACCAAAACAAAAUAUUAAGGUGAUCAUGGCAACCAACAGGAUUGAUAUCUUAGAUUCCGCUCUCCUCCGACCCGGGAGGAUCGACAGAAAGAUCGAGUUCCCACCACCAAAUGAAGAGGCUCGUCUUGACAUCUUGAAGAUCCAUUCCCGGAAAAUGAACUUGACUCGAGGGAUCAAUCUCCGAAAGAUUGCUGAAAUGAUGCCUGGUGCAUCAGGAGCUGAAGUGAAGGGUGUCUGCACGGAGGCUGGUAUGUACGCAUUGAGAGAGAGACGAGUUCAUGUCACGCAAGAGGACUUUGAAUUAGCAGUGGCCAAGAUUAUGCAGAAAGAUAAUGAAAAGAACAUGUCGAUCAAGAAACUCUGGAAAUAAAUCCAAUGAGAUUCUCUUGUGGAUGGAUGACAGACAUUACUUCUUCCAAUUUAGGAAAUUAUUGCCUGGGAUGAGUAACUCAUUCCAAUUUGUGGGGGCAGCCAUAUUGAAUUGCUAAUGUAUGCACAUGUUUGUACGUAAACUCUUGACUGCACAGUGUGUGCUAGUUUUCAGGAAACAGUACGCACUCUGAAAUUAAUUCAAGAUGUGCAUUUGGGUUUAAAAAGUUUGUGGUAUUGUAAGUGAGCUCCUCCUUUGGAUUGAGGGAAAGAUGAAUGCAGUUUGGACCACCAGGUUGCAGUUGUCUGGGUGACACUAGAUUGUGCACUGUUGCUACUCCAUGCUGUGGUGUAACCCGGUACUGGCGUGGUGACUGACAUCAGUAAUUGUCCUAUCAUUGUUUGAGACUGAAAGAUUUACUCUCGAAAGAUGAAACACCACGUGGAUUCAUCUCUGGCUAAGAUCGAGCGGGGUUUUCUAGUCCCAACAAACAAAUUAAUUGUCUUUGUAAAUUAUAAAUAUGUUGUAAAGGUUAUUUGAAAGUUCAUGUACUAUGAAGUGAAAUAAAUAACUUUUCGUUA